UCAUACAAAAUCCAGUACAGUGAAAAAGGGGGGAAACAACCAAAACACCACCACUCCACUCUCCAGUCUCCACUACCCUCACUCAACCAAAAAUAACCUCCUCCAUCGUCCUUCAAUGGCAGACGAAUCCCAGAUUAAAAUGGAGGCACUGAAGAAAGUAUAUGCAGACAUAAUAUACAACACAUCAAAAGAAGCAGCAGCAAGAGUUAUGGCGGCAGAGCGCAAUGUUCGUUGUUUUCAGCAGCAAUUGGUUUCUGUAAAAGCGGAGUGUCUUUCUAUGCUUCUUCGUCUAAAAGAUCAUUUCAAUUCCACGAUUGCAGAGGCGGAGGCUAGGUCAUUAAAGCAACAAAUGAAGAUUGAAGAGCUUGAAGAUCAACUAUGGGAAGCUGAGGGAAUUAUUGUAGAUCUCAGAGGUGAGUUCAAGGAGGUACAGGAGCAAUUGGAGAUCAUGAUGCACAGCCAGAAAAAGCCUUUAAAUGAACAUGUCCAUGUGAUCAAUGAACCUGUUCAAGAAUGUGGUCCUCAGGAUAAUGCGCCUAAUAAUUUCAUAUCCCAGGUCUCAGAUGCACUAGUAGAUUAUGAGGAGAAAGUCGCAUAUCUGCAUCCUGCAGUUCUAGAUCAAAAAGAAUUCCAUACCAUGAAUGAUACUAGCCUAUCUGUUAAAUCACAUUUGAAUCAAUUUCAUGCGCCUGAUGAUGAUUGUAGUUCCAUCAUUAUGCAAAAUAGGGAGAUUGAUCUAUGCAGAAACGGAUCAACCCAAAGAAUAUGUGCAUUUAAAGGAAGUUUUCCAAAUGUUAGAUUGCCUAACACAGAAUCUGAAGAUCCGAAGUUUUUGCUGAAUAUCCAGUCAAGAACCAAUGCAGAUGAAACGGUGACUCCCAGACAGCAUGCAAAUUGUAGUGAUAAGUCUGUUGACUCCUGUGGGGAACGAUUGUGCUCUUCCAAGACUGGUCAGAGUAAUAUUAAGAAUAUUCCAUUCGGACAUUUAUCGCAUCAUAACAGCAGCUACAAAGAACAAGCUGUCACAUCUCUUCGCAGAUCUGCUCGAAGAAGUACCAAAUACAGAGCAGUUGCUUCCUUGCAGGCCACUCGUAAAGAGUUGGGGUUCUUGGGAAGAACACGGCUACAGUAUUCUCUUGGUCCAUUGAAGCAAUGUUCCAGUGUUGUGAAUGUGCAAUCUGCUGAGAUCCCAAUAGGCAAAGUUGCAAUGUAUUCUAAGAACAUUAAUGCUGGUCAUGACUUGAGCUGUAAUUAUGAAAAUGUGGUGUGUGCUGAAAAAGGAAAUGGUGUGAAAACCAGAGGGUUUUCAAGUGAUAAAUCCCAUACAUCUCCUAACGAUGCAUUACAGGAUUCAGUGCUUGUUGAUGUGCCUAUCUCGGAAGGAUUUAGCAGCAGUUAUUGUCAGCUAUCCAAGACUGUGGUGCGUAGUGAAGAAGGAAGUGGUGCAUAUACCAGAAAAGCAUCAAAUGAUAAGUCCCAUACACUUCCUGAUGACGCACUACCGAAUUUAGUGCUGGUUGAUGUGCCUAUCUCGGAAGAAAUUGGUAGCAGUCACUGUCAGUCAGCCGGGAAUGACAGAGUUCUGAAAUUUACGUUCCAAAGGAAGCGCCGGAAGAAUGUUUUGGGAAAAGUUGAUGAGAACAUUAUCCAUGAUAGGAGCCCAUUAAAGAGGGGAUUGGAGAAUCCAACUAAUUUUGCUAUGGCUGAAAAUGGUUUUUCAAAGAUGAAACGCAUGGGUGAAUUGGUGAUGGUGGAAAAUUGAAUCAAGUUGCUCAUCAGCUUAUUAACUGGGGAGUUGGUUAAAGGAUGUAGGAGUAGCAGUUCAUGAUCGUGGCAGAUGUAAAUUCUCUCUCUCGACCCUUUUACGUAGAGUAUCAUGAACAAUCAAGUCUAAGGCAUACCGUCUUAUUGAGGUCUUGAAAUGCUUCAUAUGGCUGGACAAAAUUAGCAGUUCUCAAUGGUAUUCUUUAAAUUUUAGUGGUAGUUUUACAUGUAGUACUGAGCCCUCUUACUACUUCAUCUCAACUAACACUUGACCAAUUUCUAGACCAACACUUGCAGUGUUUAUUUGCCUUUACUGCGUAAUUGGUCAAAAAAAAAAAGAAAAAAGAAAGAAAGACAAUCUGUACAGCUAACUUGAUGUUGAAAUUUAUCUUCAUAUUCGGGGAA